CUCGCCGUGUUUCCCUCUUCCUCCCUCUCUCCCGAGGUCUGGUGUCUUUGUCAACAAUGACAUGUUUCGUUUUCUCCGAGCAGUCAUGACGUCUUUCACAGAGGCAGCACCCCACGUUCCCAUCCCCAAGAACGGGGUGGACUAUCGAGGCAAGAUCGUGCUUGCACCGAUGGUCCGCUCCGGAGAGACUCCAUCACGUAUCGUUUCCCUCAAGUAUGGCGCAGACCUGGUAUGGGGUCCGGAGACCGUCGAUCGCGCUAUCAUCGGCGCAAAACGUCGCAUUAACCCCCGCAACUCGAUGAUCGAAUAUACCCGUAUCCCGUCGAACGGCGGCCAACCGAACAAACCAGCUCAGGAGUCGGUACUGUAUAGGAUUGAUCCUGUACGAGAAAGGGGCAAAUUGAUUUUCCAACUGGGCACCGCAAAUCCGUCGUUAGCAGUGGAAGCCGCAAAAGUCGUUGCGGCGGACGUCUCGGGCAUCGACGUAAACUCCGGCUGUCCAAAACCCUUCAGCACGAGCGGUGGGAUGGGCGCCGCACUCCUGCAAACUCCGGACCGCCUUGUUUCGAUUCUUGAAGCGUUAGUCGAGGAGAUAGGGAAGCCCUAUGAAAUCGGAAUUUCCGUAAAGAUCCGCCUCCUCGCGGAGCCCGAGCGGACCGAAGCUCUCGUUACUCGAGUUUGUAGAACUGGAAUUACUGGUCUUACUGUGCACUGCCGGACGACGCCCAUGCGUCCUCGUGAGGCCGCCAUCCGUGAACAGUUGCCAAUGAUUGCCUCCAUUUGCCGAAAAGCAGGCGUGGCAUGCCUGAUGAACGGAGAUGUGAGAUCCCGAGACGAGGCAAUGAAGCUUAUCCGCGAGUACGGUGUCGACGGCGCCAUGAUUGCCACCUCUGCAGAGUCCAACUUUUCAUGUUUUCGCUCACAGGCCGACGGUGGCCUGGAGCACUGGCGAGAUCUCGUCCGAUCCUACAUGGAGGCUGCGCUCCAAUGUGAAAAUAGAUGGGGAAACACCAAGUAUCUGCUUAAUCAGCUCGUUCCCGGUAAAGACAAAGCCUUUGCGGAGUCGAAAAGAUCCAAAACGUACGAAGAUUGUGUAACGGUGCUAGGAUUUGAAGAUCUAAUCCCCAUGGCGAAACAUGUUGACGAGAUAAUCGGAACCGCCAAACGUGCCGCCGAAAGAGCCGAGUCGAACAAAAGCCUAGCUGUCCUGAAAGCUAUCGAAGGAAAUACCGCAAAGGCCGCCGGCGGCGGAGGAAUUGGGAAGGGCAACAGUCCAAAGCUGUCCACUCAGGUUAACGUAGCCGGUGGAACCGGCCCUAUUCGGACAGGCUCGUCUGUCUCUAAACCCACCUCUUCCGCUUCGGUGUCCGCGGAAUCGGCGGUUGCGGAAGUUGUGGCCAAAGUGGCAGAUGGCACGCAUGUUCCCCCCAGCCCGCUGACCGUAUAACAUCCUCCUUACAUUGACCCAUGGCAUGCCUUGAAACCUUGCCUUUGGCGUCGUGUGCUAUUCUCCCGCUACCCCUAUGGUGAUUCGUCUACUCAGCAUAUCAUAAGCGUUGGUUGAUGGUCUUAAAAAUUUCUUAAUUGUUCAAUAUUCCAUGAUUGUUUCAAGGCGCAGUGGAACGCAUAUACUUUGGGAUAUACUCAUUCUAGAUUCGUGUUUAUUGCAUUUUCGAGGGAAUAUUUAUUGUUCGGAUUGAAGCUGGUUGGCUACAUAACUACAUAUCUACCGGUGCUGAGUCACUUUAUGAAAAGAAGGUAGCAUCUAAGCAUGAUCCUCGAAACUAUCCUGGAAAAGGAGAUAGAGGAUAAAAGAAAUGUUUCUUUUGAAAUAAUAUCUCUGUUAUUUCUUGUAUUCAUUGUAUUGGAAUUAUAUACAGCGCUGGAUAAGGGGGCGAAAGCGGGCCUGUCUUAACGAAAAGACGGCGACCCAACCCAACUACAAAAGUUCCAGCUGUUGAAAUCUCAAUCAAGGACAAUUCUUAUAUA